CCCCUCUUUCUUUCAGCAGCACUCGGGGUGUUGAAUCAAUAUUUUCUCUUGUAAUCCCAUUCACCCUCACAUUCAACUACAGAAAAUUCAAAGUGUAAACCAAUUGAACUUGCAAUAAAAAGGCUCCUCCGACAACGGCACUCGUGAAGUUGAAAUCGUGGGCUUUGAUGAUGAAGUCAAGAGGGAGGCAAAAACAGUGGUUUGUAGCUCUGGAAUGGUGAAGUUGAGAGAGAAAGCAACGUUGAGAGAGAGAGGAUAGAAGAGAAGGAAUUGAAGAGAAUGGCUGGUUACAAGAGUUGAUGUGGCAUAUAUUGUAAUAAUAUAAAAUAUCACUGGUUAUAGCUUAUCAUCGGAAAAUUUCUCGUCUAUUUUGCACUUCAAAGAAAUCCAAGCAGGCCAACCCCCUCUCCCAUUCUCCCUCAUAUUUGGUCACGCCUUCCCUAGCCCUUCUUUUUAUUUUUAUUUUUAUUAUUAUUAUUAUUUUGUCGUUUCUUCUUCCGCUCUCCUUUCAUGUAUGUAACUCUAAAAUAAAUCUAGAUUCAAUUCAACUGUGACUAGAAACUUGGAGAAAAUUCCCCUUUUGUCAUUAAUUAUAGGUACGCUGUGUUGUUGAGCAAGGAAUGAUAGGAGGAGGAGGAAUCCAGCUGAACGGAUGGCAACAGGCGGCCGUUGCUGUUGGUUCCGCGGUGGGUGCGUUGUUAGAUCCACGAAGAGCGGAUUUGAUAGCGGCGCUUGGAGAAACAACCGGAAAACAUGCUUUUGAAAGAGUUGUCGAAAGAAUGAAGAAGAGCCCGGAGAGAAGAGCACUUCUCAUGGAGAGACCUCGUGUCAUAUCUGCUCAAGUGGGGCAUGCUUGGGAUUUGCCAGCCAAUACAUUUGGUGCUGCCUAUGCAAGCGUCAUGGGAUCUAGGAACUUUCCCCCAUAUGACCGUCCACCAGUGCGAUUCAUGGAAACGGAAGAAGUGGCGUAUGUUGCCAUGCGGGCUCGCGGUCAUGAUUUUUGGCACACCCUUUUUGGUCUGCCCACCAACUUGAUUGGUGAAUUCGAGCAAAUGUACCUGCCAAUGUGCCUGAUGUCUGUUGUUGGAGGCACAGCUAGAUUUACUGAGAAGCAGAGGAAAUCUUUCUUCCAGCACUACUUCCCGUGGGCCGUUCGGGCUGGCUUGCAGAGCACAGAUCUCAUGUGUGUGUAUUAUGAGAAGCACUUUCACGAGGAUUUGGAAGAUGUCCGCAGAAAAUGGGGGGUAACUCCUGCUCCUGCUGCCCCUAAUCAAAAUAUGCCUUUGAGAAGAUGUACAAAAGGAGUUUUUUCGGAUGGUAAAAACGAGUUUCGCUUGCAAACUUCCAACGGCGAAAAGCUUGUGAACAUCAUUUUGUUCCCCUAACUUGCAUUUUCUUCUUCGUUCAAAAAGCUCGAAGAGCACUCCUUUAAACAUCGUAGAACAGGGUUUAUGAUUAUAUCAAGAUCUAGCAUUCUUAGGCAAGUGAAAGCCAUAGAAAAGCACCUUUUCUUGAUCAAACACAAUUGCAACAUAAUAUGAGAACAGGGGUGUUAUCAACUGAAUUCAUGCUUGGAUUUUUAUGGAUUUCAAGCCAUAGAAAAAAAAUCGGGUUCAAACAUGGAUCGGUUAUCUCAUGUUAGUUAUUGCGUUGGAGGUCAUGUUUGUAUUUUAAAAUUCUGAUGAGCCCAGCAUGCAAAUUAUUUAUUUUUUCC